CCAGUCGUCAAUCUCUCAUCAUCAAAAGCGUUUGGAACGUCCCCAGUAAAGACAAUAGUCGCCGCUAAACAGCUAUCGAGCUAAGUUGUAAAGUAUUACAUUGCAGUAGACAAGAAACAAAAAACAACAAUCAAAAUGAACUUCAAUAAAGUCUUCAUCUUCUUUGCCGUUUUGAUCGCUAUUUUCGCAGGGCAAACAGAAGCGGGUUGGCUAAAAAAGAUCGGCAAGAAAAUCGAGCGUGUUGGUCAACACACAAGAGAUGCCACCAUCCAAGGACUUGGCGUGGCGCAGCAGGCCGCCAAUGUUGCCGCAACUGCCCGGGGUUAAGAAUAAUUGUUUUCUGGCCCAUUUCAUCACUGCUUCACAUAAAAAAACUGUAUAGUUCCUGGCUACAUAUAUAUAUUUAUUUUAUCAUAAUUGCUGUAUUUAUUUUUUAUCAUUAAGAAAAUAUCAAUGUGAAUAAAUUAAAUUUCAAAUUAUAGCAA